GAAACCCUGUUUCAAAAGAAAAGAAGAAAGAAAUUGUAGAAGAAAGAUAUAAUGGCAUUAAAUAUUUUUAUAAUAGUAAAUUCUGUCUAAUUCUACAAUACUUUGCCAACAUCAGAAAUCUAUGGUGACUGGAUGAGACCUUUUCUCAGUCAUUUAGCCACUGUUAAGGUGUUCGUGCUCCUGUAAACAGCUCUAAUGAAAUUCACUGAAUUCUUAAAAAAGAAAAAGAAAAAAUGGAAGAACAGUUGGGAAGAGGACAGGAGUCAGCAGGCAUAUCAGGACAAGAGGGUACCAAGUAAGUAUGGUCAUGCAUUGCAUGCAUAUGUAGGAAAAUGUGAUGGGACGUCAUGAUAACAUAUAGUAAAUGGGAGGGAAAAUGCACUUUGAGUUGGGCAUAGUGACUCAUACUUAUGAUCCCAGGACUCCCAAUUUCAAAAUAAUGAGAAAAGAACGUGUGUGUGUGUGUGUGUGUGUGUGUAUACAACAUAGGCAUCUCUACUGUAUACAGGCACACAUGUAUAUAUACAUGUGUAUUUGGAUGGGGUUCCUCCCCAACCCAGUGCUAGGGAUGGACUCCAGAGCCUCGUCUGUACUAGGCCACCACCAGCCACCAUGAGCUACGCUCUAGUUCUAUAACAGCCAUGUGAUCUUAUUUGUUCUCUUUUUAAAUUGUGUGUGUGGGUAUGUAUACAUGAGUGCAGGUUCCUGUGGGGGCCAGAGGCAUUGGAUCGCUCUGGAUCUAGAGUUACAGGAGGAUAUGAGUCACCCAACAUGAAUGUUGGGAACCAAAUUUGGGUCCUCUGCAAGAACAGUAUACUCUCAACAGCUCUGCCAUCUCUGCCCCUUACCUGGCCCUCCCUUGGUUCCCUUUAUGCACCCAGAUAGUACUGGUGGAUAAGUGGUAUUAAGUCAAAUGUCUUGGGCUUUCCAGCCCUUCCCUAACAUGGUUGUGCUCUUUUCCUUUAUUGGAAAGAGGGGCGGGGGGUAGAUAUAGAAGGAGAACGCCCUAACCUAACUGCUACAUCAGUCUGCUUUAUAGAUGCGCGGAUGUGGCAGUUGACAUCAGUUGCUUUCUACAUAGGGCUCACCUGACACACCCUUGUCCAGCCCUCCUGGAACCUAAGCUGAAAGACUGUGAGAGUGAGAGAGUGUGUGUUAGGACUGCUGGGAUUCAAGGGUCUCACAUAGGCCAGGCUAGUGCUCAACUAGUUCCUGUUUCAGUCUAAUCUCGCUAGCCAUUCGGAUUUAAGGACAGGGUCUUCUCCCUCAGCAUCUGAAUAGGGGUUAGCCUAUUCAGGUUCAAGGUUAGCCUGGGCUACAUACCAAGACCCUGUCCCAUUGGGAGGAUGGGGGUGGCUGAUAAGCAGUUGCAGGGACAGCAAUUCAGAGUACGGGAAGCUUCAUCUGCCUCCCUGGUCCAUAGUAACUGCCUUCAGACCUCAUGAAGCACACCAACCCAGUCUCAAAUGCAUCAGGAAAAUAGAAUAGGAAAGCGGACCAGGGAGGUCCAGGAGGCUUCUGGGACGGUCUGGAAUGUCCAUCCCAGCACAUGUUCUCCAUCAAGAAAACAGCAGGUCAAGGCCACAGGCAGUAGAUGGAGCAUCUGAAGACUUGCACCCGCCUUCUGUGGUUGGAAGGGUAAAGGAAACUCUCAUGGCCAAGGGCUUGACAGAGAGGAAGCAGAUGAGCUGAGGGAAAAGCGGAGCCGAGCACAGGACAGAACCCAGGCUCUCCAGCGCCCACUGCCUGAGCUGUGUCCCUUUCCACGUCAUACCACACACAGUGUUUAGAUAGAGCAGAGAAGAAACAGACAUCCCGAAUCUCUGGGGAAGGAGGCUGGGAACAGAAAAUGGGCUGUUUAUUCCUGGCAGCGCCGUGUCCAAGGGGUCUUGCACCACUUAGGUCCAGCCCCAGACAGCUCUCCCAGAGCCUGACUCACGCACCGCUGCCACUCGGUGGGUCUGAGACUACCGGCUUCCUCCAGCUUCCUGCUCUGCUCAGUCUCCCCGCAGAAGCCCCGCCUCCCCAGGACCAGGAAUGUGGGCUGCGGGGCAAACCAUGCCAGAGGUCUCAAACCUCCAGCCUGUGGGCUGCAUUUCUCCAAGGGAACAGACGUCCUCCUGCUCUGUGAGGAGGUUUGCCUCAUCUCAAUUCCAGCCAUCUUGCUGCAGUCUCGGCUCCUUUCAGCCCUUAAGUUUGGCCGGGCUCCUCUCCCCCAUCACCCUAAAGCUGCACUUGAUAAACAGUGCAGUCCAGACACAGAACUUGGCUUCCACACAGUGAACAUGCCCUUCUCUCACUAUACCUAAUGUCCUCAGUUUUCCUGUGAAUGAAAAAAUACCAUUCCUUUGAUAUCGUAGGCUCCCUGUCUGCCUUUCCCGGCAGAGUGCGUGUGUGGAGGGGACAGAUGCAGAGAGGAGCAGAAAUCCCGAUGAUGUUAGCAUUUACAGCAAUCAAGUACUCAAGAGCCAAGGGUCGAUCUAGUUCCUGUUACCUCCUUUGCUGGAGGGGAGUCUCUUAUUUCCUUCCUUGGUCUGGUUUUGUUGGUUUGAAACAAGGUCUCACUAUGUUUCUGAAGCUGCAACUCACUGCAGCCUGUCUCAGCGCCACAAGUGCUAGGAUCACAAACCGGCCUCGGGAAGUCAAUUUUGAGCCCCACUGUGCAGAUAAAACUGAGUUGUAUCUGGCGGUAGGAGCGCACGCCUUUAAUCCCAGCACUCGGAAGGCAGAAGCAGGUGGAUCUCUGUGAGUUCGAGGCCAGCCUGGGCUACGAAGUGAGUUCCAGAACAGCCAGGGCUGUUACACAGAGACACCCUGUCUUAAAAACCAAAAAAGAGAAAGAAAAGAAAAACUAAGUUGGGAGAACUUCAACAAUUUGCUCGCACAGCUGAAGCAGUGGGGGCACAGCCAGCCCCGUCGUCGUCAUGACGACCACAGUAUACACCUCAGCCCCAUGGAGGAGGCCGAAUCAGUCACUGGAGCUGACCUCCCCUCACUGCUGUCAAGCAUUGUGUCCACAGGUACCUGUGACACCCCAUGACGUUCCCCACCACAACCCCAAUGGGUGGCUUUUCCUUUAAGAGAAGACAGACAGCAUUGAGAUAGGCUCACUGUAGCCCAGGCUAGCCUCAAACUUACACUGAUCCCCGUGCCUCAGCCUCCCAAAUGUUGGGAUUACAGGGCUUGAACCUCUACACCAGAUCCACUUGUGCCUUAUGCAUACCUCAAAACUUGACUGAGAAAACAGUUGAGGGCUGGGGAGGUAGCUGAGUUGAUCAAGUUGAAAGGUGUGUAGGAUGACCCCAGACUAGGAAGACAAGGCUGGAUUUCUUAACUAAAAGGCUCAUCUAGUGAUGAACGUUGGUGAAGAUUCUCAGGCCCCAACCCUCAACCACAUCACCCCCCCCCCCAUCUUGCAUGCACACUAUUUGGUGUAUGUAGCUAUUUGUGGGCUGCUGUGGCCAUUCAGGGUUUAAACUACCUAAAAUAGCUCUAUUAGCUGGGGGAGGGGGUGGGGGGAGGUGCUAUGUGUCAAACAUUGAUUGGCUGGAAUGCAUUCCCCAGGAAGAGCCUGGCAAUGACAGCAUAGGUUCUCGGAGGUAUGGAAAACCACCUAGGUUUCACGAUGUGGCUAGGGAAGGUUCACUCACACAGGAGGGGAGGCCUCUCAGCAAAAGCCGUCAGGAGGUGCCAAGUCCCACCCCAGAGGUGGAGCCAAGGCUGAGGCCCUCCAGCCUGGACUCCUCCAUCCCUUCAGGAACCCACGCCAGGGCAGAGCCUGAGCCUGGUUCCUGCUGUCCCCAGCAUAGAAGCGACAUGCACUCAUUGGCCAGGACACCAGGCAUGGCCCGAGGAGUGGCAGCUGGGACUCUAUGAUCCCCAGAAGAAGGCCCAGCUAGCAAGCGCCACCUGUUCCUAACAGCCAUGCAUGCUGACUGCAGCUCCAGGCCCUCCAUGUGCCAAGACCCAUGAUGCCACCCAACAACACUGGGGAGGUGGCCAGCUCCAUUCCCACGGGGGCACUGGCGCUUUCCCUGGCCCUGGCAAGCCUCAUCGUCAUCGCCAACCUGCUCCUGGCCCUGGGCAUCGCCCUGGACCGCCACCUGCGCAGCCCACCUGCCGGCUGCUUCUUCCUAAGCCUGCUACUGGCCGGGCUGCUCACAGGGCUGGCACUGCCCAUGCUUCCGGGGCUGUGGAGCAGGAGCCACCGGGGCUACUGGUCCUGCCUCCUUCUCCACAUGGCCCCCAACUUCUCUUUCCUUUCCCUGCUCGCCAAUCUGCUGCUAGUGCACGGGGAACGUUACGUGGCUGUGUUGCAGCCACUGCGGCCCCAUGGGAGUACGCGGCUAGCCCUGCUCCUCACCUGGGUCAGCCCCCUGCUCUUUGCCAGCCUGCCCGCUCUGGGCUGGAACCACUGGAGCCCUGGUGCCAACUGCAGCUCCCAAGCUGUCUUGCCAGCCCCCUACCUCUACCUCGAAGUCUAUGGGCUCCUGCUGCCUGCUGUGGGCGCUGCCACCCUUCUCUCUGUCAGAGUGUUGGUCACUGCCCGCCGCCAGCUGAAGGAUAUCUGCCGCCUGGAGCGGGCAGUGUGCCGCGAUGCACCCUCAGCGCUGGCCAGGGCUCUCGCCUGGAGGCAGGCCAGGGCGCAGGCAGGGGCCAUGCUGCUCUUUCUGCUGUGCUGGGGGCCCUAUGUGGCCACUCUGCUGCUGUCGGUGCUGGCCUACGAGCGGCGCCCCCCACUCGGGCCUGGAACUCUGUUGUCUCUCAUCUCACUGGGCAGCGCCAGUGCCGCAGCUGUGCCCGUGGCCAUGGGUCUGGGCGAUCAGCGCUACACAGCCCCGUGGAGGGCGGCUGCCCAAAGAUGGCUGCGAGUGCUUCGAGGAAGAGCCAAGAGGGACAGCCCGGGCCCCAGCACUGCCUACCACACCAGCAGCCACAGCAGCAUGGACCUGGACUUGAAUUAGGAAACCGGCAGCUACGGUUGCCUCCCGGGAGCCUUCGCCCAUCUCUUCUGCCCUACUUCUUUGGAUUGGAGCCCUGGCUCCUUGAGACCUCACCCUGACCAAAUAAAUCCCUGGCCGCCAUUUCAGGUUAUCUCCUUCCGUAUCUCAACGAGGGAGUGGGACAGGUUGACUGCUCUAGAAGGACCCAGACACAGAGGGAGCACCAAAGAG